ACACCACACAGGCCCCACCUACUCGAGAAAUUUGGUGAACCAUUGUGCAGCUCACGUCCGGUACAGUCAUACUGUACACCUUGUGGUCAUGGGGGCGGUAAAGCGUGACAUCUUUCUAGCUGGCUUUUUGUGUAUCAGUAUCAUUGUAAGAGGGACGGAUUCGUCAACCGCAGAUUACUACCCUGCCUUUCCCAGCCAUUUCAGUGGCUAUUACCAAGAUAGCACCGGUUGGGUCGCUAGAGUUGCUGUCAGUCGUUUUCAGCGCAAUGGUGAAGAGCAAGUGAGAGCAGACAUCGUCCAGAACGUAUCCACGUCUCCUGACGAAGACGGACACUUCGUUGUGUAUAGCAAGCCUCCUGGAGCACUCAGAGGGACUAGAGCGUUUAAUAGGACGGUUUUUUUUCGCGAAACGAAAAGCAAUUGUUCGUAUACGGUGAGUAAGGCAGUUAUGACGUCAGAACUGCCGCUGGGAUUGACUACACUGUUGGGGGUCGGCGAUCAGUCUUACUGUGUUGGCUUCGACGUGUGCAGGGGUCUGAAGUACGUCGACACCUAUUUCAACAGAGAAACUGACGAGUGGUUUGAGCCUAUUGCCAACGCAAAUGGUCUACCAGACAACAUAACACUUCUUGUAGAUCACCAGACACACGUUCCAUUCUGGGCAACUCGUUACCAUCCAGGACAUCCGGGUACUUUUGAUCCUCCAAGGCGCAUCACAACGAAGACGAAUAUUGUCUCCAAUAGCCCGGAUGUGAUAUUUAAAUUGCCGCCACAAUGGCAGAGUAGCUGUCGCAACUUGGAUGCCAGAAUCUACACAGACAGUAAGGAUGUCUUCUACUCGACACCCAGCGGUAGCGACUAUAUUCACAUCUGGCUGUCGGAUAUGCCCGUCGGAGGAGACGUUACUAUCACAUUUCUUGCUCAUCCAAUUCCUCCUUGUCCGUGUGUUACUUGCGUGCGAUUCGAGCCCAAUCCGAUUCGCUUUACGUCCGUUGACUAUAGACGAAAACAGAUUGUCAGGUUUGUGUACGAGAAGGACGGUGUCACCAAUUUUACGUUUGUUGUCAGCGGAGGCGGGUAUUACAACCGGACCAGUGAAGAAUAUGGAACUGUCUACACAUGCCACAGAGGAAUUCCCCGAAAAUCGUGCUAACUAAAUCAGAUGUAGUGAUUUUGUCCGGUUUGCAGCCGUACAAGCAUUAGACACGCCAAGUCCUAGGAGUCUGGCAUGAAACUGAACGUAUCUAAUUAAAAUACAGCUAAAUUAGACUAAUGAUGACGUAUCUAGACCGUAAUGGUCACGUGAUGAUGACGUAGCUAGGUCUUACCGUACCAACACAAAACUGGUCAUUUGUGUGUGUAAUUGUUCUCACAGGGAAUUUGCUUUACGCAUUUUUACUCGAAGGGUUAGAAAAUACAGAAAAUGGUUUAAUUAGGAUUGAUGUUGAGUUGAUAACAAUGCUGUUUCACAGUAGAUGUGUCAUG